UUUCCGUUAUCGUUGGUUAGCUUAUCAACAAUCAAUCAGAUAUCAGCAGCGUUUAGAUUUUGUUAUCUUUGCCAUGUAGUGAGGAUUUCUCUGAUACCAUUCCAUAAAAAUCUUUAAUCGGUGGUUAAGGCAGUCGUUGCGACAAGUCGUAAGCCGUGCUGCUUUCAACGUGGUUUCCAUUGUUCGGAUACUGGUUUGCCAUCGUGAGAGCGCGAAACAUCAUUGUGUUUUUGGUUUUACACGGAGCACCUGGACCUCCGAACCUAUAAUUGGCGUGUGUGGAGUCUGUGUUCCUCUUGCAGAUAAUACUCCGAGAGACCUGCUUGAACCGACCGGAUUUUUUGGAUACAGCGAUUUACCUUGGCAGUGAAACGAAUUUCUUCACCACGAGGAACAUUAGGAAUUUAACAUCCGUUUUUUGGAACAGAACAGCAUUUUCGCAAACCAGGGAAAGAACAAUGGCUAGUCAGCCGGCAAAGGCACCACUAACGAAAGCAGAAACACUAGAACUCCGACAAAAGCAUGUCAGUAAUGCGUUGACUUUGUUCUUCCGCGAAAAUCCCCUGAAAAUUGUCCGCGCCAGUGGACAGUACAUGUACGAUGAGAACGGGACAGAAUUCUUGGACUGCAUUAACAAUGUCGCUCAUGUUGGUCACUGUCAUCCGCGUGUGGUGCAAGCCACUUCCGCUCAGCUUGCUCUGCAGUGCACAAAUUCGCGCUAUCUGCACGAUAAUUUGGUGCUGUGUGCCCAGCGAAUUGUGAAGACUAUGCCGAAGGAAUUGAGCCAUGUUUUCUUCGUUAAUUCGGGCACGGAAGCCAAUGAUUUAGCCGUUAGACUGGCACGCCAUUACACCAAAAAUAAGGACUGUAUUAUCCUUGACCACGCUUACCAUGGAACAUCCGUUACCAUUAACGAUUUGAGUCCUCACAAAUUUCAUCACAUUAAAAACUACAAGUUGAAGCGCUGGGUGCAUGUAGCGAGCCAACCUGAUCCCUACCGAGGAAUCUAUCGUAGUCCGGAGUACACUGAUAAACAGCUCGGUCAGCUGUACGCCAAAGAAGUAGCCGAAAUAACCCAGCAGAUUACGGAUUCGGGUCGCGGUGCAUGUCUGUUCUUGGCGGAAUCCCAACAAAGUUGCGCUGGACAAAUUCUUUUGCCGCAGGGAUAUUUGAAGCCGGUCUACGAGGCAGUUCGAGCGGCUGGUGGACUGUGUUUGGCCGACGAAGUCCAGACGGGAUUCGGACGGAUGGGAACGCAUUACUGGGCCUUUGAAGAACAGGGUGUAGUGCCCGAUUUUGUAACCAUCGGUAAAUCCAUGGGCAAUGGAUUUCCUGUGGCUGCUUUAGUCACCAGGGCGGAAAUUGCUAAUGUUUUUCUGGAUGCUGGCAUCGAAUUCUUUAAUACGUACGGAGGUAAUGCUGCUGCAUGCGCCACUGCUAUGGCGGUAAUGGAUGUCGUGGAAGAUGAACGUUUAAUGCAGCAUGCUAAAGAAGUUGGAGAUUACUUGCUAGACAGAUUGUCAGUUUUGAAGGAGAAGCACGCCGCUGUGGGAGAUGUGAGAGGAAAAGGUUUGUUCUUGGGGAUUGAGAUUGUUAAAGAUCGGAAAAACAGAAUUCCAGACACCGAAACUGCAAAGAUAAUUAUUUCAGACCUGCGACAUAAGAACGUCAUUCUGAGUGUGGAAGGUCCGAAGGAUAACGUGAUUAAAAUCAAGCCACCGAUGUGUUUUAGUAAAACAGACGCGGACAGAUUAAUUGCACUUUUAGAUGAAAGUCUGGGGAAAUUGCCGGCUGUUUGAACAUCAACAUACUUGUCUGAGUUGGCAAUGUUUUUGUGGCUACCGAAUGCAGCAGUCAUUUGUAAAUUGUGAAUUUAGUUUAGUGACCAGAUUGUAUUCGAUUAUUUUGCUCAUUUACAACGGUUGCUCAUUUUUUACAAAAUGGAUUUUCUUAGGUGGUGUUUUUAGGUGGUGUUUUUAGCAGUCAUUGUACGUUUAAUGAAAAGUGUAACGAUGAUAAUUCACCGUAAUUGAUUCUGGUAUGUCGUUGUAACGGUUUAACAAUUAAAAUCCGUUAUUGCUGCGCUUUA